CAUGGAUUCACCACUACAUACAAGAAUCCAAAGAUUCCCAUCUAAUUUCUACCCCUUCCUCGGUUAAAAACCUUCAAUACCAACUUCUUCCUUUUCUCUCACGGCCAUGUCUUCUGAACCAAUCAUGGGUGACAAAUAUCGAAGUCAUAUUCAUGAUGAGGAGAAGAACACAGUGUGGAGGCAUGGUGCUCUGCCAAACUACGAUAUCGUCAACAAGCUUUUCGAAGAAGAGCGCCAAACGGUAUGGCCUGAAGGUUCCUUAGAGGAGAAGGUGCAAAACCUUGUGAAGACAUGGGAGAUGGAAAUCUUCCACAAGGCACGUUUGGAGGACUUCAAAACCCUAGACCCCAAUAAAUUCACUUUUAGCCUCAAUGGAAGAAAGGAAUUGAGCUUGCCUGAGGUUGCGAAAAUGGGAGGGUACAACCCCCUGCUACAAACCUCUCUUCCUGAAGAGUUCCAAUGCUAUAAUCCAAAGACAUUGAGUGGAGAUGCAUCACACGAGGCCUUCUUAAGGACAUUCCCAAGGGGUUUUGCCCUUGAAAUUGUUCGAGUUUAUUUAGGGCCUCCAACAAUAGUGUUCAAGUUCAGGCAUUGGGGUUACAACGAGGGCCCUUUUCUAGGCCAUGCUUCUACUGGUGAAAGGGUGGAAUUAUUUGGCAUUGGCAUCUUUCAGGUUAAUGACGAGAUAAAAAUAGAGAACAUUGAGUUAUUCUACGACCGAGGUGAAUUGCUUGGAGGACUUAUGAAGGGCUCCCCACAAGAGAGAGAUGGAAACAAGGCCAUCCCUUCUUCUUGUCCUGCUUUACUCAACAUGUGAACAUUUGGAAAUCUCUCUCUCUCUUAUGUGUGCUUGAGACUUUUCAUUAUAUGUUGUCUUCUGUCUCUCAUGUGUGUUUGAGAUUUUUCACUAUAUCAAUGUUAUAUUCUUGAUUUCGCCACAA